AUGUCUGAAAAUACUCCAGAUUCCCAAUUGAUUGCUGAAUUUGUAUCUAUAACAAAUUCUUCUACAUACCUUGCUGAACAGUAUUUACUGAGAAACAGCAAUGAUUUAGUGGAAGCAGUUGAGGAUUUCUAUGCCAACAAUGAACCAUCUCAAAAAUCAGAAACCAAAAAAUCUUCUUCUUCUAAUGCUAAAGGCUCUGGUGUUAAAACAUUUAGAGACUUGAACGAUGAAGAUGAUGAUGAAGAGGAUGACAAGACCAAUACCAAUUUCUUUACUGGAGGAGAGAAAUCAGGAUUGCAAGUUGAAGAUCCCAAUAAAGAUAAGGAUAAUGACAGAUCAAUAAUUGAUCAAAUUUUCCAAAAAGCCAGAGAACAAAUGCAACAACCAGAUGAUAGACCAAGUGCUUCUCAAGAUGAUCAACCAUCACCAAUUAAAUUUUCAGGCAAAGGGUUCAAAUUGGGUGACGGGAAUGAACCAAGUCAAGUAGUGGAGGAUCCUAAUGCCAGUGCUAAAAAAUUCAGACCUAGUAAAGUGACUAGAGAAAUUACAUUUUGGAAACAAGGUUUCACAGUAGGUGAUGGACCUUUGCAUAGAUACGAUGAUCCAAGAAACGCCAGUGUUUUGCAAGAAUUGAACCAAGGAAGAGUUCCAAUGUCAAUUUUAGAUGUUGAAUUUGGCCAAGAUGUUGAUGUUUCUGUAUACAAGAAAACCGACGAAGAUUGGACACCUCCGAAAAGAAAAAUUGGUGGUUAUCACGGUGCAGGUCAUAGACUAGGCUCACCAGUACCUGGGGAAGUACUUGUAAAUAAUGAAGCAUCAUCUCAACCUGAUAUCAAAACCGAAACUGAAAUUUCUAAACCAAAAGACGAAGGCGAAGGUGACUCCACAGUUCAAAUAAGAUUUGCCAAUGGUAAAAGAACAUCACACAAAUUCAAUUCCUCGGAUUCUAUUCUCAAGGUUUAUGAAUUUGUUAAAAAUCAUGAAUAUAAUUCUGAACCUACUAGACCAUUCACUUUAAGUCAUGCAUUCCCAGUCAAACCAAUAGAAGAAAGUAGUGACAUUACAAUUUCUGAUGCUAAAUUGAAAAAUGCAGUGAUUGUUCAAAGAUGGAAAUAG